UUGGGCUUUUUUCCAAGUAUCAGGCGUCAUUGAAAAAAUUCAUAUAGGAAUAUCUUUUUCAUUAUUUUUAUCUUUAAAAAGAAAAGAAUAAUGUAUGGAUCUUCCAAUGCUUUCUCUUGAAACUUGAAAGACUCUUCUUAGUGAGACUCGUAUUUGUUUCUGAAAUGUUUUCCUCCUGAAUCCUACGGGUUGCAAAAAAGAAAAGAAAGCUGAAAAAACUGCUUCAGAUAGAAGAGCUAUUUUAAUCAGAGUCCUUGUAAGAGAUAUGAUGAUAUAUUCUCAGACCUGAAUUAUCAAUAGGAAAUGGCAUUAGGUAUACAUAGACGUUGAGAAUGAUUCUUUUUACUCCUUUUCAUUGAAUGAAAUACUCUUGCCGUAUUUAUACCAGUUUAACUGCGUUCGAUCUUUCCGAAUACUCUGGCACUCUGUCAUAAGUUACAAACAAGAAAAAGGAUAUUGCUUCAAAUUCUACCUUUUUUUUUUUUUACUUUUUUAACAUUUCUUUUAGUCGUAAACUGCUCUUAAAUUCCUCCACACUGCUUGAACUUUCCUCUCAUCUCACAUAUACCAAGGAAACUAGAACCAACCUCGUUUUCAACGCUCUCCCUUUACAAGCUAAGAUUUGGCAUCUUUUCUGAUAUAAACAAGACACUUUCACUAAAUUGCUGUCCCAACACAUCCUGAACUGCAUGUACAUACCUUGGUUACGAUUAAUUUCUCAUUAACUACUCGAAUCGUAACUUCUGCUCUUUUACGAUCCACGGCUAGGCGUUUGGCUUUCAAAUUUAAUCGCAGGUUUUGAAUUAACGCUUCCUGCAUCGUUAUACCUUGUUAUCUCCUAGCGACUUUCUUUCUCUUUUUCCUUGAAUUCGUGUUUUGUUAAGUACACUGUUUGCGGCCUUUUUAACAUUUUCUCGAAGUAAAUAAUUUGGAGUUCCAUAUUCCUAUCAUCCUAAAUUCGCCUUUUUUCUAUGUUAAAUUCCAUCGAUUCAGAGAACCCUCCUCCCAGUUCGACUCCCUUUAUAGAAUGUUUCGUAACAGAACCUAGAAAGGAGCUACAAGGUUCACGCGAUGCCCAUGUUUCUUAUCUGAUUAUUACCAAGACGAAUUCACCCUUAUUCACUCGGUCAGAAUGUAAAGUACGACGUCGGUUUUCUGAUUUCGUCAAGCUUCAAGAGAUAUUAUCUCGCUUGAAUGAGGAUUGUGUUGUUCCGCCCCUUCCUGCAAAACACAAAUUAGAAUACAUUAAAGGAAAUCGAUUUUCAGAAAAUUUUAUUAAUAGAAGGGCAAGUCUUCUAAAUAGGUACAUCACUCGUUGUGCGUUUCAUCCAGUUUUGCAUCGCUCUCCUCAUUUCAUUGCCUUUUUGGAGAAUCCAAACUGGAAUAAUUAUGUUCGCUAUUUCAUUCAACCAAAACUAAAUACUACUUCUAAGCUGGACGAGUUUUCCGACUCAUUGUUGAAUGCCUUUUCGAAGCUCAAAGAAGAGCCUACUGAAUUCGACAUUCAGCGGGAUCAUGUUCAACAGUUUAUGCUGGGUAUUUCUAACCUCGAAACUUCAAUUCAAAGAAUUGUUAGGCUUGAGAAGACUCUCGAGACUGAUUACGAAGAUGUUUCUACUCAGUUCGAUCGAUUGGCUUCAUUAGACCGAACACUCGAAAUUCCCGUUGAGUCUGUACAUCAAGCUCUUCAAAAAACAGGCGAAGAAUACUCUUUCUUGAUCGAGAAGCUAACUCUUUUGCUCGACACAAUAAAGGAUGUCCAGUCUUAUGCCCAGUCUCUCAAAGAGCUUUUGAAACGUCGUGAUCAAAAACAGCAGGAUGUGGAGGCAUUGCAAGAAUAUUCAUCAAAGCUAUCUCUAGAAAGGGACAAAAUUUCCUCUGGUGGUUCUAGUGGGUUUAGCUUUUCUAAAACGUUUGAUGAUUUGCGUGGAGUUGAUCACAAUGAUUCUCGGCUGAAACGACUAGAGCAGGUUCAGUCAGAACUACAGGCUGUCGAGCAAGCUAUUCAAGAAGCUUCGAUUAUUCAUGAAGCAUUUAAUCAACGUGUUCGGGAGGAAUCAAAACUUUUUGAUAAUGUCCGCCAAAGCGAGAUGCUUAAUGCUAUUAACGAAUAUGCAAACAUCCAUGUUGAGUUUUUUACGAACAUUCGGGAGCUAUGGCUUCAUGCUAAGCAGUGAUAUUGCUUAAUGACUUUUACUUCUCUUUGUCAUGUUAAGUUCAAGUGCUUAUGCAAGUAAUUGACUAACUUGACCUUUUGAACUAUUUAUUAUGAUGGUGAUGAUGAAUAUGAUGCACAACUUUUUUUUUACCGCACGAUAACUCAUGAAAUAUUAUAGAAUUAUACACAAAGUUAUAUAGUUAAUGCACAUUACAAUCUCAUUAUUAAACUAGAAUAUCGUGAAAAUUAAAUAGUAAG